AAAAGAAAUAUUGAUUAGCUAUCUGAUAAUUACCUAUAGUUAAGGGGAUCGCCAUGCAAUUUUACCCAAAUUAAUCCCUCCCAAUGAAAGAGAGGGAAACCCCAAACAAACUGCUGAGUUUCAUUUUUAAAAAACCAAAAACAGCUCCGCGCCAUCAUUUCUCUUCAUUUUCAGAUCAAAACUGCGCGGAAAAAACCCAAAAAAAUCCCCAAAAAAAACAAAAACAAUACCCCCGCCCAAAUGCUCCACCACGACGACGAGGACGAAGACGAGGAUGAAGCCAUGGCCAUGACGAUGCUCCGACCCCAAAACCCUCUCCACCUCCCAACCGAAAAGCUCUCCCUCGGUUGCCCCGUCCUCGACCGCCUCCUCCAUGGCGGCCUCCCCUGCGGCUCCCUCACCGAGCUCGUCGGCGAAUCUAGCUCCGGUAAAACCCAGCUCUCCCUCCAACUCCUCCUCUCCUCCCCCUCCACCUCCCUCUUCAUCCACUCCCCCUUCCCCUUCCCCCUCCGUCGCCUCCUCUCCCUCCCCCAUCCCCACGCCAUUAACGACCCCAACUCCCUCGAUCGCAUCCUCCUCGCUCCCGCUCACUCCCCCUCCCACCUUCUCUCCCUCCUCUCCCGCGCCCCCCGCUUCCGCCUCCUCGUCGUCGACUCCCUCGCCUCACUCUUCCGCUCCGAGUUCGAUCCCACCCCGAUCGCCAUGGCCCGCCGCACCUCCCUCCUCUUUGAAGUAGCCUCCAUGCUCAAAUCCCUCGCCCUCCGCUUCGGCGCCGCCGCUGUCGUCACCAACCACGUCGUGUGGUCGUCGGGGCGCAGGGUGGCCCCUGCGCUCGGGAUCUCGUGGGCGAAUUGCGUGAACACGAGGAUCUUCUUGUCGAGGAGCGAGGAGGUUGUUGAGGGUUCGGGGGACGAUGGGGUUACGAUGAGGACGAGGACGAGGAGGAGGCUGCAAGUGGUGUUUGCGCCGCACUUGCCGGAGUCAUCGUGCGAGUUCGUGAUCCGGAAGGAAGGGGUCUUCGGCAUAGAACCGCACAGAAUCCUCGUUCCACCACACGUAUAUAGACAUAUACAUGUAAACUCCUGAGUCAUGGGUUUAUUGUAACACACAAC